AUGCCCAUCAUCAUCCGCGAGGCCCGCGAGGCCGACAUCCCCGCCAUGGCCGCCCUCGAUGUCGCCGGCUACCGGGGCAGCCCCUUCCGCGCCGCCAUGUUCCCCGCCUCGCGCCGCGUGCUGCCCGGCGACGGCGACGCCCUCGCGUGGUUCCGUCUCGGCGCCCAGCGCGCCCUGGCAUCCUCAUCCUCGUCGUCGCGCUACAUCGUCGCAGUGGACGAGGAGGAGGUUGUGGGUAUGGCCAUCUGGGGCGCGCCGAGGCCCCCUCCGGCGGGAGAAGGCGGAGGCGGAGAGGAAAAGUCGAGCGCAGGACCACCGCCGGGAUUGCCGUCGUAUAUCGGCUACGAGGACGUGAUGCAGGCCAACGCAGAGAUUGAGCGAAUGUUAGACGCCCAGGACACGCUGGACGAGGCCACGCGAACUCUAAACGCCAUCGUGGUGGACGAGGCGCACCGCCGCAGAGGUGUCGGCAGGGCCCUCGUGCAAUGGGGCAUCGACAAGGCCGCCAACAGCCAACCCGCCGCUGUCUGGCUUAUCGCCACCUCGGAUGGCAAGAAGCUCUAUGAGAGCAUGGGUUUCGGGCUAGUCGGUUCGGGCUUGCGCUGCGGCGAGGCGCAGCACCUCAUGUACAAGAAUCUCGAGUCAUCUCAAAACCGGUCACUGGCUUGCAAGUCCCCUCAUCAGCAUUCGCACAUGUCAAUAUACAACCACAGGGAAUGA